AUGUUUACCUUUCUCCGUCCCGCUCUAUUUGCAUCUCUCGUUGCGGCCCAUGGUCACGUCACCAACAUCGUUAUUAACGGUGUCUCCUUCGAUGGAUGGGACAUAGGAAGUUAUCCUUAUACAGAUAACCCCCCUGAUGUGGUGGCUUGGGGUACCCCAAACACUUCCAAUGGCUUCGUUGCUCCAGAUGCGUACGGGACCUCGGAUAUCAUCUGUCAUCUCGAAGCUAAAAACGCUAAAGGUCACGCGGUAGUAGCUGCUGGUGAUCGAGUCUUUCUUCAAUGGACCCCUGACUGGCCAGAAUCGCAUCAUGGACCGAUCAUUGAUUAUCUGGCUAGCUGUGGCGAAAGUGGCUGUGAAACUGUGGACAAGAACACGCUUAAGUUCUUCAAGAUUGACGGCGUCGGGCUAGUCGAUGGAUCAAAGCCCCCCGGCUUUUGGGCCGAUGAUCAGCUCAUUGCCCAAAACUCGGGAUGGAUGGUUGAAAUUCCUGCCAACAUCGCACCUGGGCAUUAUGUCUUGAGACAUGAAAUGAUCGCACUCCAUGGAGCAGGCAGUGUGGGUGGGACCCAGAAUUAUCCCCAGUGCUUCAACCUACAAAUCACUGGCUCGGGAACAGACAAGCCAGCAGGUGUCUUGGGUACCGAUCUGUACAGCCCAACAGACCCCGGCAUUCUCGUCAACAUUUACACUUCUCUGGCAAGCUAUUCUCUUGCUAAUGCGUUUGGUCAGGUUGUCCCGGGACCAACCCUUUACAGUGGUGCUGUCUCAAUCACCCAAACCACUUCGGCAAUCACCGCUUCGGGCACACCUAUCACAGGGACAGGUGGUGGCGGUACCGGUCCCACCACCACCUCCAAGGUCACUACCACAACACUAGCAACUACCACCAAGCCUAACACUACUACUAAGACCACCACUACUACUGCCGGCGGGGGCGGAGCAGCCCAGACACCCUACGGACAGUGCGGAGGAUCUGGAUGGACUGGACCAACAGCAUGUGCGCCGCCAGCAGCCUGUUCUUCCGUGAACGAAUGGUAUUCUCAGUGUCUUCCAACUGGUGCUUGA